CAUUCUUGAAAUAGAAAACCAAAAUGUUAAGAGUCAAGAGAAAGACUUCACCUCUCCCCUAUAAAAGUCUUUAGGAGAUCGUGGGGUGUAAAUUACUUGAAGUAUCUUCCUCGUCUUAACCACCCAAGAGAGAAAGUAGAGAUGGAUAUACUUAUCGGAGAGACUGACAAUUACGAUGGCGUUACUGUAACCAUGGAGGAACCAAUGGAUGCUGAAGUUUUCACCCAUAGGCUCAGGGCUUCGCUUUCCCAUUGGAGACAAGAGGGGAAGAAGGGGAUUUGGAUAAAGCUACCUCUUGCUUUUGCUAAUCUUGUCGAGUCUGCUGUUACUGAAGGGUUUAGAUAUCAUCACGCAGAGCCUGAGUACUUGAUGCUUGUGUCUUGGAUCUCUAGCUCCCCUGACACAAUCCCUGCCAAUGCUUCUCACAUUGUUGGUGUUGGUGCUUUGGUCAUCAACAAAACCACUCGAGAGGUACUCGUUGUCCAAGAAAAGAGUGGUUAUUUCAGAGAUAAAAAUGUGUGGAAGUUGCCUACUGGUGUUGUCCACGAGGGUGAGGAUAUUUGCGAUGGAGUAGCUAGAGAAGUAGAAGAAGAAACUGGUAUUAUCGCAGAUUUUGUUGAAGUGUUGUCUUUCAGGCAAAGCCACAAAGCAUUCUUGAAACAGAAAACGGAUCUGUUUUUCCUGUGUGUCUUGAGUCCACGCUCCUACGAAAUCACUGAGCAAAAAUCUGAGAUCUUGGAAGCUAAGUGGAUGCCGAUCAAAGAAUACGUAGAGCAGCCAUGGAACCAGAAGAAGGAGAUGUUCAAGAUCAUGGCUGACAUCUGUCAGAAGAAAUGUGAUGAAGACUACGUGGGAUUCUCCACUGUAGAAACGGUCACAGGAUCCGGUAAAAAGAGCUUUGUCUACUGCAAUGCUGAUCACGCCAAGAACCUUGUCGCAACGCGUGACCAAGCAUCAUCCUCUUCUCUCUGAAUACCAUUCUCAUGGAUCUCAGCAUUUGUCAUUAUUGUGCGUCUUUGGAUUUGUAUUUUAAUUGAAUAAAGAACCAUCUUUUUUUUUUUUUUUAUCAAAGAAUAAAGAACCAUCUUUCUGGGACAAAUGCAUCAUCCUUUGGCACUUC